AGCAGCGGAGACGGCUAACCAGCUAGCUUAGCCUUCAGGCUACGGGCUGUUGUGGAAGGGAGGUGCAGUCGAGUGCAAUGGAUGGAUGCUUUGCCCCCCUACGUCUUACCUGUUUUUUCUUAGGUUGACCAGAAUGAGACGACAACAUUUAAUCACUGAUACGCUCCGCACCGUUGCGGAGGGCUGUUAAUUUGCUGCAUCACAAACAAUAUUCGGUCCAGAAGCGGCGCUGGUUCGUUACACUUUGAAGAUUAACGCUAGCUAAGCCUGUUCAAGUGGCUACCCAGCUAGCGCCUCCUCCGCUGUCUGCCGUCUUGUGUCACCGGCCCCAGGAAUGUUCUCCAAAAAGCCUCAUGGGGACGUUAAAAAAUCAACACAGAAAGUGUUGGACCCAAAGAAGGACGUGUUGACGAGGCUGAAGCACCUGAGGAUAGUCAUAGAAAACGCUGAGCCGUCAGAGCUGAAGCAGUUCUUCGACGUGAACUGCUCCCACGUCUACUAUGUGUUCUUUGAGAACUUUGUUACCAUUGAGGUCAGCCUCAAGCAAAAAGGUCACAAGUCUCAGAGGGAGGAGCUGGACUCUAUUCUCUUCAUCUUUGAGAAAAUCCUGCAGCUGCUGCCAGAGAGAAUCCAGUGCCGAUGGCAGUUCCACAGCAUCGGGCUGAUUCUGAAAAAGCUGCUGCACACGGGGAACUCUCUGAAGAUCCGUCGGGAAGGCGUGCGCCUCUUCCUGCUGUGGAUGCAAGCGCUGCAGAGAAACGCGGCCCGAGAGCAGCUCUGCAUGUUCGCCUGUUUGAUCCCCGGCUUCCCGGCUCCGCUCUCCCAAGGGACCCCGCGCACCCUGGACACUCUGAUCAACCCUGUGCUCAGUUUAACAGAGACUCAGGUCACCCCAGAGGAGAUCACGCCAUUGGUUCCUCCCCAGUCAGGUGACAAGAACCAGGAAGACCUCACUGCAUACUUUUUGGAAGCGCUGCUCAAAUACAUGGUAAACCAGGCCAAGUCGCUAGAGUGGCGUUGUAAAGAGAACCACGAACGUGGCUUCAGCUUCCUCUUUGCUCACUUCAAGAAGUUUUACCUUCCUCACAUCUUUCCCAACUUCUCUAUGGAGACCAGCCUCUACAACCCAAUACUGGACGUGCCCCCGAUGCGUCCCAGGCCCUACUACGGUGUGGUUCGCAGGGAGCAAGACGGCAGUGAAGCGGUGUACUGCACCAAAGAGAGCUUCCUUCAGGGGCGGGUCAUCUUCAUCCGCUGGCUGGUUUCCUUCUGGCUGGAGCCGCGGCCCAACGCGCAGAUCCCCGGAACAGAGGGCGAGAACGUCCCCAAGAACAUACAGCGAGCAGCAGCCGGACUGGCGGCUCGCUCCGCCGGCAGCUCAGACGACAGCGACAUCCACUUCGAAGGCAGCGGCGGCUUAUCGGGUUCAGGCGGGGGCGGCAUGGGGCUGUCUGGUGGUCCGGAGGCCGAGCAGAGCCACUCCAACACGUCCACGCUGACGGAGCGGGAGCCCAGCUCCUCCUCCCUCUGCUCCAUGGACGAAGAGCAGCUCACGGACAUGGAGGUGGUGAGGAGAGUGCUGACCAACUCCAGAACCAACGUCAACUUCAUCACUGAGAUCUUUAGACAGGCAUUUCUCCUUCCCAUGUGCAAGGCUGCGGCGAUGCGUAAGGUGGUGCGUGUUUACCAGGAGUGGAUCUCCAUGGAGGACCGGCCGGUGUUCAUGAAGGAGCCGGAGGAGGGCCCGUAUCCCACAACUAGCAGCCUGGAUUCAGGGUCGCAGCGCGGGGACAAGGAGGACGAGGCGGUUGACAGUGAAUUGAUGGAGUACAGCGUUCAAGCCGGAGUUCAGACCACACUACAGGUAUUUAUCACCCACUCCUCCAACGUGUUCCUGCUGGAGCCCGCCAACGACAUCAAGAUCCUUUUGGAGGAGCACGUGGACAUGUGCAAGCGAGUCCUGAACAUCUACCGCAGCCUCGUCAUGCACGAGACCAUGGACCAGAAGACCUGGGAGCAGGUCCUGCUGGUUCUCCUGAGGGUGACGGAAUCGGUGAUGAAAAGACCUCCAUCCAUCAUGCCGCCGGGCAAGAAGAACAACACGCUGUCUGGCAGGCUGGCCGCAGCCAUCUUUCAGACGCUGAUAGUCGCCUGGAUUAAGGGGAAUUUAAAUGUGUACAUCAGCAGAGAACUGUGGGACGACCUCCUGGCCGUCCUCUCUUCUCUCACAUGCUGGGAUGAGCUGGUCACCGAGUGGUCACUCACCAUGGAGACCCUCACCAAGGUGUUGGCCAGGAACCUGUACAGUGUCGAUCUGAACGAGCUGCCUCUGGACAAACUCAGUGAGCAAAAACAGAAGAAGCAUAAAGGAAAAGGUAUCGGCUCGGAGGGCCAGAGGCAGAUUGUGGAUCGCUCCUUCUCUAAAGGCUGGAGCAGAGACCAACCGGGCCAGGCAGUGGCCAUGAGGCAGCGGAGCGCCACCACCGCCGGCUCCCCGGGCAUCGAGAAGGCCCGCAGCAUCGUCCGCCAGAAGACCGUUGCCCUGCGUAGCUGCUCUACGGGGGACUCUCUGCUGUCCUCCGCCUUUAUCCGCAGCGCUAAGAGUGCUCCAGCUCUGGCGCCGCCUCUUCCUGUCCUACUCCACCACCACCACCCUUUACUACCCCCACUUGCCGACCAACUGGCAGACCUCGAGGACCCGCCCAUCACACUGACCUCCCGCACCUCUCGGAUGCGCCACGCCUCCCAAAGCGAAGAGGCCCCUCCCACCUCGUGCUCUGAGGUCUUCCAGGGAGGGGCGUGCGACAAUGACGGCCCCGCCCCUUCCUCCCUCGCAAGGAGCAGCAGCGCCUCUGACGUCAUGGAGCCUUUCAUCGUCGAGCGGGUCAAAGGUGAAGAUCCGCAGGGGGAUCCCGCUUCCAUUCCCAACCCUACGCACCGCCACUCCACAAUUCCCCCCUCACAUGCAGGCGAAAACCACGCAGCUCAGCCACUGCCGCACCCCCCCCCUGUCCCCUCUCCCAACCCUUUAUCCGUCCCCAAUGGUGUUGCUCCCUCGUCCUCUGAGGGGCACGAUGAUGGUAGUGUUUACGACCAGUUCUGGGAACAGAUUGGCUCUCGGAGCCGGGGCUCUAGUUCGGAUUGGGUGAGCGACUGGGAUUCUGCCUUCCUUUCGUCAGAAAAGGGAAUUGAUGAUGAGGAGGGCGAGAUGGGGCCUGUGGUAGAGGAGGAGGAUUUAUUUUCCUCUAUCAGGGACUACCUCACUAACAAAGGAAGUGAGAGGAAGGAGGAAGCAGGAGAGCGAGAGGGGCCGGGCCGUGUGCCGGAGAGCAGUAUUGUAUCUUUUCCCACGCAAGUGGGGAUGGCGAGAGCCCAGAGGGAAUACCCAGGGCCGGAAGGAGAGGCAAGGCAGGUGUUGAGAGAGGACAGGCAGGUAAGUGAACCGGUGAGACACAGCAGUGUGGACUCCACGGAGGAGAAUGAGGCAGAGCAGUGCAGCAUCUACGAGUGCCUGGAGCUGCAGUGUCAGUGGCCGUCGCCCAUUGCUUGUGGGGUUGCCGGCUUAGAAAGACUGCCUGGGGAGAAGACGGGAGGAGGGAAUGCCGGAAAGGCAGGUGGAUGGGAGGGGAAAUGUGAUGCGUGGGGGGAAACGGGAGAAGAGCAGCAGGGGAGCAAAGAGGUUGCAGCAAAUGUGAGGUCCAUUUUAUGCAGACAAGACGCCAACACAGUAGAAUGUAGCACGGAAGCAGGUGAAACUGCCCAAACGUCAGACCCGAUUAAAGCCAAGACGGGCCGGAGUAGCACCAAGAGGCACCACAGCGGGGGCGUCCACGUCAGCUUCCGGCCCUCGACCGAGUCCGUGCAGUUCCACAACCCCCUCGAGAGCAAGGAGGCCCACUGGAAAGCCCGACUGCGCCGCCUCAGCCACUUCCACACACACAGCCACUCAGCCGGGGAGAGGCCGGGGGCUGGAGGCGGGGCCGGAAGCGCAGGUAAGUUUGGCACCGCGGCCGGGAUCAGCCACAGAGGAGCGCCACACGAGAAGUCCGGGAGCGUCUCGGAUAACAGCGGGGCAGGAAGUGGAGCGGCUGCCGGAGGCCCGGAUGACAGGGGCGGGACCGGAGGGUAUGGGGACUCCUACGCGGGACCCGGCCCGGGCUCCGAGGCGCAGCCCGAGGCGUCGUCGGGCAGCUCGGGGGCGUCGUCGGGCGUGCGCGGGCGCCUGGGCCGCUCCGCCUUGCGCUCGCGAGCCUCCCGCUCGCGGUCCCAGGAGCCUGGAAGCACCGCCUCGCGCCACCACCAGGGGGCUCUCCUGGGUGGCGUCUACAAGACUGUCGUUCACGCUCUGUCUUCGAAGCCACGGCCCCGAGGUCAGGGGUCAUCUCAAGGCUCGUCGCCACAGCGACAGGGCCGUGCCGCCACGGGCGACGCCUCGCUCAGGGACCUCUACUCCCAUGUCCUGGGCUACUUUGGCCGAAAGACGGCAACGCCAGCCAACAAAGAGGAGGUGGUCCAGAAGGCCCGACCCGUCUCCAGUGACGUAGGAAGCACAAACCCAAACUUUUCUGACCUCAUGGAUGAGUUUAUUCAGGAGAGACUGAGGGCCAAAGGAACAGCUGGCCGCCGUGGCAGCAGCCCCGGCAGUCUGGAGGUUCCCAGGGACCUGCCAGAGCCGCUGGAGGCGGGUCAGAGCCCUGGAUCUCGGCCGUCAGAUGACCACCGCCCCGUCGAUGAUCCGGGGGUUCCCUCUGAAUGGACGUCGCCUGCGAGCGCCAGCGGUUCGGAUGUCAUCAGCUCAGACAGCCAGUCGGACUCCUUCAAUGCCUUUCAGUACUCCACUUGCAAGUUUGAGAACUUUACUUCCAUUUCAGAAGCCUGUGCAGGAGGUGUCGGCUGUGGGGGCGGCGGGCGAGGCAGCUCACUGGACCAGGACAGCCUCGGUGGGGGCGCGGCCAGUGACGAACACGAAGUGGCCAGUUUGACGACACUUCACAUCGACUCGGAGACCAGCAGCCUCAGCCACACCGUCACCGUUACCGGUUCUGAAAGCGCGUCCCCCAUGCAUUCCCUGGGGGGCUCCCGCUCUCAGACCCCCUCCCCCGCCACACUGACAGCCGAGCACAGCGAACACUCCCACUCACACACACACCUACAGCUGGAACAGAAGCUCCACAACGCUGUGCUGCAGACUCCAGAUGACCUAGAAGCCAGCGAGUUUCCCAGCGAAGAUUGCAGUGUCAUGACGGGUGGCUCGCUAACCGGAUGGCACGCAGAUGUUGCCACGGUGAUGUGGCGAAGGAUGCUGGGAAUCCUGGGGGACGUCAACAGCAUCAAAGACCCGGAGAUCCAUGCACAGGUCUUUGACUACCUGUGUGAACUGUGGCAUAACCUGGCCAAGAUAAGAGAUAAUUUGGGCAUUUCUCUGGACAACCAGUCAUCUCCGCCUCCCCCUGGUCUUAUCCCACCUCUGCGAAUCCUCACCCCCUGGCUUUUUAAGGCCACCAUGCUGACGGAGCGCUACAAGCAAGGGAAGCUCCACGCCUAUAAGCUGAUCUGCAGGAUCAUGAAGAGACGGCAAGAUGUCUCCCCGAACUCCGACUUCCUCACACACUUCUACAACAUCAUGCACCAGGGACUGCUGCACCACGACCAGGACAUUGUGAACACUAUCAUAAAACAUUGCAGUCCCAGGUUCUUCAGUAUCGGCCUCCCUGGAGCCACCAUGUUGAUCCUGGACUUCAUCUUAGCUGCUUCGAAAGUCACCGCCUGCUUGUCACUCAACGCUCCACGAGUGGAGGCCCAUAUCCUGCUGGGAUCUCUGGUGUGUUUUCCCAACUUGUACGAGGAUCUCCCGGCGCUGCAUCCCACCACAGCCGACGUGGUGCUCACCAAGUUCCCCGACGUCAAGGAUCAUAUUAUCAAAACCAUCCUGACCUCUGCCAAGGACGAACCGUCUGCUCCCGCGAGGUGCGUGGCUCUGUGUAGUCUGGGCAUCUGGAUGUGCGAGGAGCUGGCUCACGGGACUCAACAUACGCAGAUUAAAGAGGCCCUCAACGUCAUCUGUGUCACUCUGAAGUACCCCAAUAAGAAUGUAGCACUGGUGGCUUCGGACGUCCUUCACCUCCUGAUCAGUCACGUGGAUCACCUUCAGAAAUUCCCGCCCGACACGCCGAAGAAGAUAGUCGAGAUUUUGAUCGCCACCAUCACACACUUGCUGCCUAAUACCGAAUCCUCGCCUCAUGAACUGGACAAGAGGCUGGUGGUGUCCCUCCUGUUGUGUCUGUUGGACUGGGUGAUGGCGCUUCCUCCAAAGACUCUUCUUCAGCCCGUUCAAACACAAAGCCCCCCAGAGAGAGAUCAGCCCACCAAGACCCUGCUCAGCUGUAUUUAUAAGGUAUUACAUGGCUGUGUGUAUGGAGCCCAGUCUUUCAACAGUCCCAAGUAUUACCCGCUGCAGCUGUCAGACCUGCAGAGUCCAGACUACGACCCGUUCCUGCUGCUGGAGAGCCUCCGGGAGCCGGAGCCGCUGCACAGCCCGGAGUCCGAGCGCUCCAGCAAGCUGCAGCCUGUCACUGAAGUCCGUAACCGUAUUCAGCAAGGCCUGGUUUCCAUCGCAGCCAGAACGGUCAUCACACACUUGGUCAACCAUCUAGGACACUAUCCGAUGUCUGGAGGGCCCGCCACGCUGUCCAGUCAGGUGUGUGAAAACCAAGACAACCCGUUCUGUGAGAGCGCCGAUCUUGGACCGGAGCUUUUCCAUUCGCCAAACCUGCAGUUCCUGGUCCUUAACGGCUCCACGCUGCUCUCCGUGUAUCAGAUACGGUCAGAGUCUGGCGUGCCGGGAGGAGGAAUGACGGCCGGUUUGUCGUCUGCUCCUGCUUGCGUUCGCGUCAUCAUCCGAGAUGUCGCGGGAAAACACUCCUGGGACUCCGCCGUUCUCUACGGUCCUCCCCCGGGUUCCCCGAACAGCCCGACAAACGCAUUCAUGCCACCCGCGCGGUCGCCUCACGCCGAGCGUCCCCACUUGCGCACCCCUCAAGCCGAUCCACUGAAAAAGAUGGAAGGAGUGAAGAGGGGAGACAGCCAAGAGGAGGGGCAGGAGGAGAGCGAGCCAGAGGAUGGGGGGAGAGGGACUGAGGGCGAAAGGCAAAGCUUUCAGGGAGAGGAAGAGGAGAGAAGAGUCUCUGAGGAGGGGGUGGGGGAGCAAAGUGGAGGAGAAGAGGAGGAGCAGGGGGAGGAGGAGAGGAUGGAUGGGGAGAGGGAUGCAGGGGAUUCGGGCUUGGAACAGAUCCUGGCUCCGCCAUUGGCUAAACGCGUGUGUCGGGAGGCGGUGCCGGCCUGGGGUUCACUGAGGGAGGGAGACGACUCGCUGGAUGAAAUGCUGCAGUACCUGGGAUACUCCAGUCCUGAGUGUCUACAGAGAGCAGGCAUGCCGCUCAACAUCCCGGCGCCUCCCCCAGCGUGCGUUUCAGAAAAGCAGGAGAACGAUGUGAUCAAUGCCAUCCUGAAGCAGAGCGCCGCCGAAAGAGAGUUUGUCCUUCAUAGAGGUGAGGAUCUGAACAUGAGAGCCGUUCAGCAGACAGAACCAGAGACUGAGACACCACAGUCAGCCUUCUACUACUGCAGACUGCUGAUCAACAUCCUGGGGCUCAACUCCUGGGAGAAGAGAAGUAACUUCCAUCUGCUGAGGAAGAAUGAGAAGUUACUGCGAGAGCUGAAGAACCUGGACUCACGACAGUGCCGCGAGACUCAUAAGAUAGCAGUGUUUUAUGUGGCCGAGGGCCAAGAGGACAAACACUCCAUACUGACCAACACAGCGGGCAGCCAGGCUUAUGAGGACUUUGUCUCUGGACUGGGCUGGGAGGUGGACCUCGCUACUCACUGCGGCUUCAUGGGCGGCCUGCAGAGGAAUCGCAGCACGGGCCAGACCACGCCUUACUAUGCCACCUCCACCACCGAGGUCAUUUACCACGUCUCCACCCGCAUGCCCCACGACCAGGACCACAACCUCACCAAGAAGCUUCGACACCUGGGUAACGACGAGGUCCACAUUGUUUGGUCGGAACAUAGCAGAGACUACCGGCGAGGGAUCAUCCCCACGGAGUUUGGAGACGUGCUGAUCAUCAUCUACCCCAUGAAGAACCACAUGUACUCCAUUCAUAUACUCAAAAAACCUGAGGUGCCAUUCUUCGGCCCGCUGUUUGACGGUGCCGUAGUGGACAUGGACAUCUUGCCCACCAUGGUCAGAGCCACAGCUAUCAACGCCAGUCGAGCCCUCAAAUCCCUCAUUCCCCUCUACCAGAACUUCUAUGAGGAGCGAGCCCGGUACCUAGAAACCAUCGUGCAGCACCACCAGGAGCCGACCACGUUCGAGGACUAUGCGGCUCGGGUCUACAGUCCCGCUCCCUGCACGCACCUGCCCUCUGACACGGGCUCCUGCCUCGAGAUUCUUCGGGGAGAAAGUCCGGCUCUUGGGGAGGCCGGGAGCGACUCGGCGUCCCCCAUGUCUCCUCGGACUAGCAAGAGCCGCAUGUCGAUGAAGCUGCGGCGCUCCUCCGGAUCGGCCAAUAAGACUUAAGCUCAGAGCUGAUCAAACUCUUCUUUUCAGGCAAUUAGUGCUUAAAAGUUGCAAAAUCUGAUAUGAAUUACACUGAAAACCAGCUGUGGUGGGGAACUCCACAGGCAUUUAUUUCCAACGGGAGAAACAAUGGAUGUCACACAGUUGUACUCUCAAAAAACAGUAUUUUGUGAAGUAUAAACAUAUUCAUUUAAUUUAGAAGCUGCUCACAGCUGCUAUAAGCCUUUGGUUUUGCACAGCCGAGGCGGCGCUCCAUCAUAAUCCGUGCCAUGCUAGGAUUCACAAAAAAAAGUGUGCCACGUUAGAUGCAGUUCGUUUUUGAAGAAGCACGUUUGACGAGGUUGAACGACAGAACAAACAAGAGGUGGAGUCUGUAUAGUAGUGUAUAGAUAGUCAGCCUGUGUGUGUACAGGCACAACUAUGAGUUUUGAUAACAAAAUAAUUCAUUUGCGAAUGAAUGCACCGUCGGUUUUGCAUGGAGAAAGCAAGAGGAAACGUGUAUUUUGUUAAGUAUAGCAUUAGGCCGAUAAAGAUGAGGGGUCCGUUGCUAUUCAGUCCUCGUGACAUGUCCAUAGAAAGCUGGCUAUAAAACGCUGCAUCGCUCUCAUGCCCAAGAUGUUUGAACCCAAAAAAAUGUCCUCCUCCUUGAACUUGUGGUCUGGAAAGCCGAGCCUGGAAGAAUGGUGGAGGGAUUAUAAAGAGAAAAAUUAACGCAAUUUGUCACAGAAAGUGUCAACUUUUUUGUGCUUGUGCUGUAAAAUGUGGAAAAAGCACUGAUGUUCACUGCAUUUAUGUUACUUUUAUGUUAUAACUGUUUGUUUGUUUGUUUUGUUCCUUUUUAUAUUCAUAUAUAUAUAUAUAUAUAUAUAUAUAUAUUCGAUGUAUGAAUAUCAAUGAGUGUGUGUACAGUGUGCGGAGGCCGGUUGUUAAUACUGUUAUGUGAGAAUAGCUGUCAAAGUCGGACCUCAUUAUUUGCUUAAAACACCACGAGAUGAAAAGCUUCCACGGUUUCCCCUUUUCACAACCGCUCACUCUUCAUUUGCUCGGUAUUCAAAGGGAACACGGUUAAGGUUUUCUGUACUGCGGAUACGCGUAACCUCGGUACCACAGUGUCAUAUUCUGGGUUUUUAUCGUUUGACAUGUAAGUGAGGCCGGAGGAAUUAAGGGGGGAAACAGAGUGUUUAAGGGAGAAGGGGUGAAGAAAAGUGAUGUCAUCUCACCAUCAUUUAGAAAUGAACGGUUUUGUGAUUGUUCUUUUAUUAUAAUUUUUCUUUUUUUUAAAUCCCACUAUUGUAUUUAGACUCAUCCCCAUUUCUACUUGUGGAUGGAGGGGAUCUGCUCAUAAUCAUAAUCCAUAAACUGUAACUCUACGUUGAUGCACUAACGUUUCAAAUUGUUCUUCAUCGUUUACUGCUGGGCCACUUACUCCACAUGACAGCUAAGAUGCAUGAACUUAUUUUUCCCCCUGGCCUGAUCUAAAGGAAGCACAUUUACUGUAUGCGUCAUUUGCAUUUGAAAAUAUAGAUCCAGGUGAAGGUUUUGCAUUGUGCUUCACUGUGUAGUAGUAUUAACAACUGCAUUUUCUGUUACUGUUUCAUUUUCUUUACUUCAGGAAUAGAGAGGAAAUACAUGGUCCAACUUUUUUUGGGACCUCUCUGGUAUCUGCCAGUCUAAAAAUUAGGUCAAAUUCAUGUUGUUAUUUUGUGCAUGGCUAAUUGUUUCCCCUAAAUUAUUGCUGUCAUUAUCAUUAUGAUUGCCACGGUAAAGAAGCACCAUACAUUGUUUUUGACAUGUGUUCUACCAGCCCCACUGCACUCUGGGAAGGAUCUGUUGUGCGUGGAGUGCAGCGCAAUCUCUCGGGGUUUGGAUUCAAAUAUCAGUGAUUCCACCUGAUUAUUAGUCAUGCUGCUUUCGUAGCACCACCGAAAAGAUGGGGAUUUUUUCAGAAUAUGUAAAGGAUUAGCAACCCUGAUUAGCAAAACCAAAAUGUAAAGAAAAGUUACCCCAAGCCUUUCAGCAUGAUAAGGAAUCCCUCUCAACCUGCCUGGGGACCGUAUCAAUCAGCCUUAUUGACCGUAAUCUGAAAUCUCGGUGGUCUGGGGACAGUUACCAUGUCGACCACACCAAUGUCCCACUCAUCUACAAACUUACAUGUAACUGCUGCGCCUGCGGGGAUGGAGGCGGACACGGGCUUCUGCUGUUGUCAGCCAGGAAACUGACGUAUGUAACUACUGACUGUACAUACUGCAUGACGCCGGUUCAGUAACUGCAUGUGGUGAUCGGCUGCAUCACAACACUUCCUCCAACUGUGUUACUGUCACACCUCUAGUAUGUAGACGUGUAAUGUCUCUUUUGGAAACGGAAGAGAGCGCAGAUGUGCGAUGGAGUUUGACAAUAAACAAUUCGUACCACUUAA